GCCUACAAAUAGAGGCAGGUAUCUAGAACAGCUGUUUUAUUUAUUCUACAAAUAGUUAGCUAUAUUGCUAACAAUGGAUGCAAAGAAGAUUCUGUGGCCAUCUGUCAAGUUUUCUAAUGUUUCUCACCCUCCUGCAGGUUCAUUAAGAUGGACAACAGGGAAGUGCCCACACUGUUGGAUCUUUCUAUACAACAUCUACUGAAUAAUGAGCCUGCAGCAAUUCACGCUCUCGAGGUGAUACCAAGGGAGCUUUUUGUUCCAUUGUUCUCUGCUGCCUUCAAGGGUGGGCAUAAGAAUAUAGUGAAAGCAAUGGUGAAGUGUUCUAUGUUCUCUUUUCCCUGCAGGAGCCCUAAACUGAGGAUCCUAGAUUUAAGGCAGGAUGUUGGCUGCAAGAUCAUCUGUCCGGAGAGCAGUACUAAGUCACCUGCCUGUUUUCACUCCUGUGCUUACUCUGAGCACUCUAUCUUGAAAAUCGAAGGCCAGUGUAGUAUGGCAAGUUCAGAACCUGAGGCUCAGUCCUCCAGGCAGGCUAUGGAAUUAUUAGUGAACCUUUCCCUUGAUAGAACCUUAAGGGAAACUGAAUUUUUGGUUCUGCUUCUGAAUAAAGUAGAGCAGAGCUCAGGCUCUUUGCACCUGUGCUGCCGAGAUUUGCAAAUAGACAAAGUGUGUGACUGUAGAAACACCCUAUGUCAUCUGGAUAUGAAAUGUAUUGAUCACCUGGCAGUUGAUCAGGCUUCUCUGAGUGAGGUCACCACCCUUCUGGCUCAGGUGGUGCACCUGGAAAGACUUUGUCUGUGUAAAAUCACUUGUAGAUCUUUGAAUGGGGAAACCUUUCGAAAUUUUAUCUCUGAGCUUGGGCGUAUGGACCAUCUCAAUGAGCUCAACUUGUCCUCUUUCUGCCUCACAGAUCAUCUUGAACAUGUCCUGAGAGUCCUACCAGCUAGUUUGGAAUUCUUACAUCUACCAUUCUGUGAACUUUCUUACAACGACUUCAAGUUUCUGUCUGAGUGCCCUCAAGCCAACCACUUAAAGCUACUGAAUAUCAGCAACAACCCAAUGAACUGGGAAGAUGAUGAACCCCUUUAUAACCUUUUGCAGAAUAACUCUAGCACCUUGCAACAUCUGGCAAUCAAUCAUUGCCUUUUAACAGACUCUACAAUCUCUGUUCUCAUCUCUGCACUAAGUCGCUGUUCUCAACUCCGAAUCCUCAACUUUUCCUCUAAUCCAGUUACCAUGACUAUGCUAAUGAGAAUUCUUGAGCACUUAACAUCCUUGGUGAAGCUUAAAUAUGUGUUUUAUCCUAUCCCUGUGCAUUGCUAUGGGAGAUGGCACUUUCAGGACAGUUUAGAUCGACAGAAGCUUGCUGAUGUGCAGGCACGAUUGAAAAGAAUGCUACAAGAGGCAAAAAGGAACGACAUGCAUUGGAUGACUUUCUCUGAUUAAAUUUACAGUCCAACACAGUUUCACAUUGAUAUGUUCCCUUUAAGUAUUAAAUGUUUUUCUCUUGAUCCCAUAGACUGAAUAUAUAAGGUUAUUAUGUUUUAGCAAAAUACAGUUAAAAAUAUAGGUAUGUAACUGAUUUCUAUAGAGAAUAACUUAGAAGAUGGAGGACUCAGAGUGUCUGUGUGUCUCUUGACUAUUGUUCUUGAUAGUACUUCAUCCUUCCUACUAAAGUUUUAGGUAGAAGAGUUGGAAAGACUAUAUCAUGAAUUACCACAGCCUUGUCCUCACUGAGAUUUACUUCUGGGCACUUGACUGCAGACAUGACACUCUAGCCUUUCCUAGAUAUGUUUUUGGAGGGCAGGUAGUUAUUGAAACUGAUGCUUUUAUCCCCUGAGUUGUAUUAAGCUUCUAUAUUAAGAUGUUUUCAGUUGCUUAUGGGAAACCAUCUGGAUUUAACAGUGAGAUAAAGAAUCUGUGCCCAUUACCCAUUGAGUGGCUCAGUUUUUCUUUAUUUCAUACUCAUUUACCAAGGAUCGGCUUGCGAUAUUAUUGUAGGCAGCAAGAAUGAACAGACAAGACAAGGUCCCUGUCUCAAGCCACUCAGAGGCUGAAUGUUUCUGUGGUUUAUCUAUUCCUCCACCGUUCAUUAGUGCAUAGAAGAAAGUUGUUUUCCACUCUUGGACCCCGAUUUAUCUUCCUUGUUCUUGUUACAUGGUCUGUUCAAUGCAAAGUGAACUCUAUGAUGUUGACUCUUCUCAACAGAAUUCAUGGAUUCAAUGUUACCAUCUUGGAGACUUUCUCAAACAUCUGCUUGAUGUCUGCCUUCUGUCAUUGUGCACAAUGCCUGACAUAAUAGACAAGGAAGAGAACUUUGUUUCUCUGCUUUAGACGGUUCACCGUGAUUGUUUGUUGCACUGGUUUGGAACUUCAGCAGGGCAGAACAUGGUAAAGAGCUUGUGGCAGAGGGAGAUCCUUCCAAUUCAUGAGGCCAGGAAGCAGAGAGAGCAGGAGCCUGAGUCUCUGUACAGCCUUCAGGAGUGGGACUACACUGAUAUGCCUCCUUGAGCUAGCCUGCUCUAAAGUUUCUACCACCUGCCCUGGAAACUGUUCUUGAGCUAACCUAUUCAAAAUUUUCACCCACCUGCCAUGGAGCCAUCAACUUGACCACCUUCUAUCAUAUUAGCUUAGGAGACAUUUAGGAUACAUGGCAUCCUUCAUGGUAUACAUGAUUCUGUUUGAAUAUUCUGCUGUUUCUUUUCUGUUAAAGUUGACACAAUUGCUGUAAUAUUGUGUAGCAAAUAUGUAUAUGGAUUCCUUUAUAUUUGAUACUCCAAAAUGUGAUUAUCAUACAUAGAAAAGCAUGUUUGUUCAAGAUACAGUACAAAAAAGCAUGUCAAACCAAUUAAUAAGCAAUGUAUUUAUGUUAUGAAUGUAUUGAAAUGGGAAUACACUGCAUUGCAAGGACAUAGUGUAUAAAAUUUAGUUCGUUCCUGUCAUGCUGAAAUGUCAACACCACUGCUCUUAAUUACUUAAUAAGGAAAUGAAACAAAAAUAACCAUUUACUUUUUAUUUUUUUAA